CACAACUUUUCGCUCAGUAAACUUGCACCCUUACGAAUUGUUCAUUUCGCGCGCGAUCGUGAGUGUUCUAGGGAUCCAUCCAGGCAAAACUCGCAACACUCUUGGAUUACGUUGCACGCAUUACAAGUUGCACGACGUUCUGAUUUUAACUGAAAAUUUUAAUCUUUCAGAGCGAGUGUGAUGUGAGAAAAAAAGGAUGUGGACAGUGGUCCAGGUGGAAGGGAUUUACUCAAAACUGAGAAUCUCCUGGUGGCUGGUGUCGAUUCUCCGGCGCGGGUUGUGGAAGUGAUAAAGGAAAAGGAUAAAGAAGGUUGCGAAAUCGGAAAUCGGGAGUGGUCGCGGGGUGAAAGAAGUGAAAUUACGAGCUCGGGAGGUCAGAGUGCGCAAGGGUGUGAUGCCCUGGUUAUGGUUAGGCGUGAGUGAGGUCAGUGGCAAGAGGAGGAGGUGGUCGACAGACCGCGACUGGAGAAAGAAGAAGCUGGUAGCAGCAUCGUCAUCCACGACCCUUAACGUAGCGCAGAGAGCAGCCACCGCGGUACCUCGAGGGCCGUGAUUAUGGUGUGCAACCGUGUUCUGGUAGCAAGGCCGGCGUACUUGCACCGCGUGAGUGGCUCUAGGCUGCAGUUUCCGCGUUACCUGAGAAUUGUCCUCGUGUUGAUUAUUCUCGGGAUACCGGGCCCUGGCAGCAAUCUGACCCUGGCCUGCGGCCCCGGAAGAGGUGGAGGCCGCAGGCUAACCCUUCGCAAACUUACGCCGCUUGUCUUUAAGCAACAUGUGCCCAAUGUCAGUGAAAACACCCUCCCGGCCAGUGGCCUCAGCGAGGGUCGAGUGUCUAGGCACGAUUCCAGGUUUCGGAAUCUGGUACCAAACUACAACACCGACAUCAUCUUCAAGGAUGAGGAAGGCACCGGAGCUGAUCGCCUUAUGACGCAGAGGUGCAAGGAGAAGCUCAACACUCUAGCAAUAUCAGUGAUGAACCAGUGGCCAGGAGUAAAAUUGCGUGUGACAGAGGGUUGGGACGAAGAGGGAAAACAUGCGAUAGAUUCUCUUCAUUACGAAGGACGAGCAGUCGAUGUUACCACCAGCGAUCGCGAUCGUUCCAAGUACGGCAUGUUGGCAAGGCUGGCUGUGGAAGCUGGAUUCGAUUGGGUUUACUACGAAUCCAGAUCUCACAUCCACUGUUCUGUAAAGUCUGAAUCAUCUUCCGCGGGCAAAUCCGGAGGCUGUUUCCCAGGCAAGAGCAUAGUCAGGACAGAGAAAGGUGCCAGAAGACGACUGGAUGAGCUACACAUUGGAGAACGAAUAGCAGCACUUGAUUCUCGUGGUGACAUCGUUUACAGCGAAGUGAUCAGCUUUCUAGACCGACAACCUUCAGAAAGAAGACAAUUCGUGCACAUAACAACCGAGUCUGGUAAAUCUUUGACCUUGACGCCUGCCCAUUUGGUACCAGUAGAGGGCAAGUCAAUCACCUUUUCUGCAAGAGUCGAGAUUGGCGAUAGGAUUUUAAUACGAGAUUCCUCUUCUGCUGGUGAAAUCAGUGAAAACGAAGUGGAAGAUCGUCUCCGAUAUGACAGGGUAAUCGAUGCAAAACUCGUCCUCGAGAAGGGUGUUUUUGCUCCACUAACUUCCGAAGGAACACUCAUCGUAGAUGAUGUUGUUGCUUCCUGUUAUGCCAUCAUCGACAGUCAAACCAUAGCGCAUUAUUCUUUCCUUCCAUACAGGCUCUGGAAGAGUCUCACAUCCGGUAUUGUCAGCAGGUUCUCCAAACUUUUCAAGGAAUCUGUGACGAGAGAAUCAGUAGAACUCAGGUCCGCAAAAUCUGACCAGGUUUCUAACUAUUCGCAAGAACCGGAAGGUGUUCUCUGGUAUGCCUCCAUGUUGUACUCUUUGGCCUCAUACGUAGUUCCGGCGAAAAUGUUGUACUAGGGGACUAUACGGGCAUGUAAAUUACCUAUAUAAUUUCGACGUGUGUAAAUUUAGGAACGUGAAAGACUGUUAGAUAUUUUAGAAAUGGUGAACGUGAUACAUCUUCCAUUAAAAAAAUUGCACGUACUAUACAAUAUAAACAAAACACACAUGAGCAUAAAAUAUGACCUUGGAGUUUAAAUUUAAAUAUAAUUAAAACUAUCUAAUUGUAUUUCAAAAAUUAUGGAGCUAGUCGUAGCGCAUUAUAAUAUUUUGGAUAAGAAAAAUCUUGUUCUAAAUGAGGAUUCUAAAAUCCGAAAUUAUGUGAGACCAUUUUGCAGUGCAAGAGUAUUAUAGGAUGUUUGAAAAUAUCAAUGAUACAUUUCCUUCUG